GUGAAAUAUCAGAGAUAUCAACUGUCAAACUUAGUACUUGAAGAAAUUGGACAUUUCAUACUUAAUAAUCUAAUAGCUCCUUUAUAUGCUCUUUGUUUCCUUAUAUUUUUCUGCAGACCCCCAGAUUACACCCCUGGUCUCUAGUUCUCCGUCUCCAUAUCUACUUACUCCUCUGUGCAUAACUGGCUCUUGGCUCAAACUAUCUCCUUGGGUUCCCCCAAGGGCCCCCCUGGGAUACCCUAUCAUUGGUCCCUCUCACAGAAGCACACGCUCCUCCAGAGCCAAAGGAUCAGGUAUUCAGUGGCUCAGGUGACAAACCUGCUGUCAGGUUACAGAUAUUGUUUCCUGAAAGACCAACUACAGUGUCAGUGGAGCCUCAAGCUGCCUGCAGUGCCCGCCCUCACCUGGCUAUCCCACACAAGGUGACAAUAACCAGAACUCACCUCUGAUACCAGUGUUCACCUGGAAACAUGGCUCUGAGCCUCUGGCCCCUGCUGCUGCUGCUUCUGCUGCUGAUGUCCUGUGCAGUGACUCUGGCCUCUACUGAUCCUCAGUCCCUGGACCCUGGUCUCUCCUUCCUAAAGUCAUUGCUCUCCACUUUGGAACAGGCUCCCCAGGGCUCCCACAGCCGCUCACGGUUCUCUGCAUUCCUGGCCAAUGUUUCUUCUUCCUUUGAGCCUGGGAGAAUGGGGGAAGGACCGGUGGGAGAGCCCCCACCUCUCCAGCCCCCUGCCCUCCGGCUUCAUGAUUUUCUAGUGACGCUGAGAGGCAGCCCAGACUGGGAGCCAAUGUUAGGGCUGCUGGGGGAUGUGUUGGCACUGCUGGGACAGGAGCAGACUCCCCGGGACUUCCUGGUGCACCAGGCAGGUGUGCUGGGUGGACUUGUGGAGGUGCUGCUGGGAGCCUUAGUUCCUGGGGGGCCCCCUGCCCCUACCCGGCCCCCGUGCAUCCGUGAUGGGCCCUCUGACUGUGUCCUGGCUGCUGACUGGCUGCCUUCUCUGCUGCUGCUGUUAGAGGGCACACGCUGGCAGGCACUGGUGCAGGUGCAGCCCAGUGUGGACCCUACAAAUGCAACAGGAAUCAAUGGGAGGGAGCCAGCCCCUCAGUUGUUGCAGGGUCUGCUGGGCUUGCUCACCCCAACAGGGGAGCCAGGCUCUGAGGAGGCUCUUUGGGGCGGUCUGCUACGCACAGUGGGGGCCCCCCUCUAUGCUGCCUUUCAGGAGGGGCUGCUCCGUGUCACUCACUCCCUGCAGGAUGAGGUCUUUUCCAUUCUGGGGCAGCCAGAGCCUGAUGCCAAUGGGCAGUGCCAGGGAGGUAACCUUCAACAGCUGCUCUUAUGGGGCGUCCGACACAACCUUUCCUGGGAUGUCCAGGCGCUGGGCUUUCUGUCUGGAUCGCCACCCCCACCCCCUGCCCUCCUCCACUGCCUCAGCACGGGUGUGCCUCUGCCCAGAGCUUCUCAGCCCUCAGCCCACAUCAGCCCUCGCCAUCGGCGAGCCAUCUCUCUGGAGGCCCUCUGCGAGAAUCAUUCAGGGCCAGCUCCGCCCUACAGCAUUUCCAACUUCUCCAUCCACUUGCUCUGCCAGCAUGUCAAGCCCACCACCCCGCAGCCCCCUCCCAGCACUGCUGCCAUCUGCCAGACAGCUGUGUGGUAUGCAGUCUCAUGGGCACCGGGUGCCCAAGGCUGGCUACAGGCCUGCCAUGACCAAUUUCCUGAUCAGUUUCUGGUUGCGAUCUGUAGCAACCUCUCCUUUUCAGCCCUGUCUGGCCCCAACCGCCGCCUGGUAAAGCAGCUCUGUGCUGGCCUGCUUCCACCCCCCACCAGCUGCCCUGGAGGCCUGCCCCCUGUUCCCCUCACCCCAGAGAUCUUCUGGGGCUGCUUCUUGGAGAAUGAGACCCUGUGGGCUGAGCAGCUGUGUGGGGAGAUGGGUCUGCAGGCUGUGCCCCCCAGCAACCAGGCUUGGGUUCAGCAUGUGUGCCAGGGACCCACCCCGGAUGUCACUGCCUCCCCACCCUGCCACAUUGGACCCUGUGGGGAACGCUGCCCCAACGGGGGCAGCUUUCUGGUGAUGGUCUGUGCCAAUGACACCAUGUAUGAGGCUCUGGUUCCCUUCUGGCCUUGGCUAGCAGGCCAGUGCAGGAUAAGCCGUGGGGGCAAUGACACUUGCUUCCUAGAAGGGCUGCUGGGCCCCCUUCUGCCCUCUCUGCCCCCACUGGGACCAUCCCCACUCUGUCUGGCUCCUGGCCCCUUCCUGCUCGGCAUGCUAUCCCAGUUGCCACGCUGUCAGUCCUCUGUGCCAGCCCUUGCCCACCCCACACGCCUACACUAUCUCCUGCGCCUGCUGACCUUCCUCCUAGGUCCAGGGGCUGGAGGGGCCGAGGCCCAGGGGAUGCUGGGUCAGGCCCUGCUACUCUCCAGUCUCCCAGACAACUGCUCCUUCUGGGAUGCCUUCCGCCCAGAGGGCCGGCGCAGUCUACUACGGACAAUCGGGGAGUACCUGGUACAGGAGGAACAGCCAACGCCAUCAGGCUUUGAACCCACUGUCAGCCCCAGCUCUGCUAUAAGCAAGAUGGAGCUGCUGGCCUGCUUCAGUCCUGUGCUAUGGGAUCUGCUCCAGAGGGAGAAGAGUGUUUGGGCCCUGCAGAUUCUAGUGCAGGCAUACUUGCACAUGCCCCCAGAAAACCUCCAGCAGCUGGUGCUUUCAGCAGAGAGGGAGGCUGCGCAGAGCUUCCUGACACUCAUGCACCAGGGGAGAUGGCAAGGAUACUGAGUGUCCCCAGAGCCAGAAUCCAUUCCUGUGCCCCUACAGGUACCACCAUCCGAGGAGCAGGCCUUGGGUCGCCUGACAGCCCUGCUGCUCCAGCGGUACCCACGCCUUACCUCACAGCUCUUCAUUGACCUGUCACCACUCAUCCCCUUUUUGGCUGUCUCUGACCUGAUGCGCUUCCCACCAUCCCUGUUGGCCAAUGACAGCGUGCUGGCUGCCAUACGGGAUUAUAGCCCAGGAAUGAGGCCUGAACAGAAGGAGGCUCUGGCAAAGCGACUGCUGGCUCCUGAACUGUUUGGGGAAGUACCUGCCUGGCCCCAGGAGCUGCUGUGGGCAGUGCUACCCCUGCUGCCCCACCUCCCUCUGGAGAACUUUCUGCAGCUCAGCCCUCACCAGAUCCAGGCCCUGGAGGAUAGCUGGCCAGCAGCAGGUCUUGGGCCAGGGCAUGCCCGACAUGUGCUGCGCAGCCUGGUGAACCAGAGUGUCCAGGAUGGCGAGGAGCAGGUACGCAGGCUUGGGCCCCUCGCCUGUUUCCUGAGCCCCGAGGAGCUGCAGAGCCUGGUGCCCUUGAGUGAUCCGAUGGGGCCGGUAGAACGAGGGCUGCUAGAAUGUGCAGCCAACGGGACCCUCAGCCCAGAAGGACGGGUGGCAUAUGAACUUCUGGGGGUGUUGCGCUCAUCUGGAGGAGCUGUGCUGAGUCCCCGGGAUCUGCGCGUCUGGGCCCCUCUCUUCCCGCAGCUGGGCCUCCGUUUCCUGCAGGAGCUGUCAGAGCCCCAGCUCAGAGCCAUGCUUCCCGCCCUGCAGGGAACCAGUGUCACACCUGCUCAGGCUGCCCUGCUGCUUGGACGGCUCCUCCCUAGACACGAUCUGUCCUUGGAGGAACUCUGCUCCUUGCACCUUCUGCUGCCAGGCCUCAGCCCCCAGACACUCCAGGCCAUCCCUAGGCGAGUUCUGUUUGGGGCCUGUUCCUGUCUGGCCCCUGAACUGUCACGCCUGUCAGCCUGCCAGACUGCAGCGCUGCUUCAGACCUUCCGGGUGAAAGAUGGUGUUAAAAAUUUGGGUACGACAGGUGCCAGUCCAGCUGUGUGUAUCCCUGGUCAGCCCAUCCCCACCACCUGGCCAGACUGCCUGCUUCCCCUGCUCCCACUAAAGCUGCUACAACUGGACUCCUCAGCUCUUCUGGCAAACCGAAGGCGCUACCGGGAGCUGCCCUGGUCAGAGCAGCAGGCACAGUUUCUCUGGAAGAAGAUGCAGGUGCCCACCAACCUGACCCUCAGGAAUCUGCAGGCUCUGGGCACCCUGGCAGGGGGCAUGUCCUGUGAGUUUCUGCAGCAGAUCAACUCGAUGGUAGACUUCCUUGAAGUGGUACACAUGAUAUAUCAACUGCCCACUGGGGUUCGAGGGAGCCUGAGGGCCUGUAUCUGGGCAGAGCUACAGCGGAGGAUGGCAAUGCCGGAGCCAGAGUUGACAACCCUGGGGCCAGAACUGAGUGGACUGGACACCAAGCUACUCCUGGACUUACCGGUCCAGCUGAUGGACAGACUGACCAAUGAAUCCAUUAUGUUGGUGGUGGAGCUGGUACAAGGAGCUCCAGAGCAGCUACUGGCACUGACCCCGUUCCAGCAGGCAGCCCUGGCAGAGAGGGCACUACAAAACCUGGCUCCAAAGGAGACCCCAGUCUCAGGGCAAGUGCUAGAGACAUUGGGCCCCUUGGUCGGAUUCCUGGGGAUAGAGAGCACACGACGGAUCCCCCUACAGAUCCUGCUGUCCCAUCUCAGUCAGCUGCAGGGCUUCUGCCUGGGAGAGACGUUUGCCACAGAGCUGGGAUGGCUGCUGGUGCAGGAGUCUGUUCUUGGGAAACCAGAGCUGUGGAGCCAGGAUGAAGUGGAACAAGCAGGACGCCUAGUAUUCACUCUGUCUACUGAGGCUAUUUCCUUGAUCCCUAGGGAGGCCUUGAGCCCAGAGACUCUGGAGCGGCUUCUAGAAAAGCAGCAGAGCUGGGAGCAGAGCAGAGUCGGACAACUGUGUGGGGAGCCACAGCUUGCUUCCAAGAAAGCAGCCCUGGUAGCUGGGAUUGUGCGGCCAGCUGCAGAGGAUCUUCCAGAACCUGUUCCAACUUGUGCGGAUAUUCGGGGGACAUUCCCAGCAGCCUGGUCUGCAACCCAGAUUGCAGAGAUGGAGCUCUCAGACUUUGAGGACUGCCUGGCACUGUUUGCUGGAGACCCAGGACUUGGGCCUGAGGAGCUACGGGCAGCCAUGGGCAAGGCAAAGCAGUUGUGGGGUCCGCCCCGGGGAUUCCGUCCUGAGCAGAUCUUGCAGCUGGGUAGGCUCUUAAUAGGUCUGGGAGAUCGGGAACUACAGGAGCUGGUCCUGGUGGACUGGGGAGUGCUGAGCACCCUGGGCCAGAUAGAUGGCUGGAACUCUGUCCAGCUCCGGGCUGUGGUCUCCAGUUUCCUGCGACAGAGUGGUCGGCACGUGAGCCACCUGGACUUCAUUCACCUGACAGCACUGGGUUACAUGCUCUGUGGACUACGGCCAGAGGAGCUACAGCAUAUCAGCAGUUGGGAGUUUAGCCAGGCGGCUCUAUUCCUGGGCAACCUGCAUCUCCAGUGCUCUGAGGAACAACUGGAGGUUCUGGCUCAGCUCCUGGUGCUGCCUGGCGGCUUUGGCCCAGUCAGUAACUGGGGGCCUGAGAUCUUCACUGAGAUUGGCACAAUAGCAGCUGGGAUCCCAGACCUGGCUCUUUCAGCACUGCUGCGGGGACAGAUCCAGGGCCUUACCCCUCUUGCCAUUUCUGUCAUCCCUCCUCCUAAAUUUGCUGUGGUGUUCAGUCCCACCCAGCUAUCCAGUCUCACCAGUGUUCAGGCUGUGGCUGUCACUCCUGAGCAAAUGGCUUCUCUGAGUCCUGAGCAGCGACGAGCGGUAGCAUGGGCCCAGCGUGAAGGGAAGGAGAGCCCAGAACACCAGGGUCGAAGCACAGCCUGGGGCCUCCAAAACUUGUCACAACCUUCCUGGGCCCUGGUAUUAACCAUCAGCUUCCUUGGCCACCUGCUAUGAGCCUGUCUCUACAGUUGAGAGAUAUUGUUAAAUCAUUAAAUCAUAAUGAAUAAAGUGCAAGCAGAAAUGCAUCCUAAUCAUUCUCAGGAAGCUGAUGAGGAGUAUGGGUAAAAUGCUAAUGUUUCCCACCCACCUGAGAAUCAGUGUUCCUGGCA